GCCUUUCCACCGAUGUACUUUCCAGUCGACAGGGGGCGCUAAUGCUCGUCAACCCUGGUUGCCCAACCGCCAAUUGCUUCAACUCAAAAACACGAACAAGAAUAAAAUCCUCUUCGGAUGCAGUUUGUGUCGACUCCUUGUUGCAGCGUUGAGGAGCAGAAGAGGUCAAGCACGAUGAGCCAGUAAGCUGCACUCGAGCUACAUUAGCAUCCUUAGCACAGCAGGACAUCACUCACAGCAGGCACCAUGACGUCCUCCAUGCUGCGCAGACAGCUGAAGAACCUGGUCCAGAACUACUCUGAGGCCGAGGUCAAGGUUCGAGAAGCCACGUCCAACGACCCGUGGGGCCCGUCCAGCUCGCAGAUGGCCGACAUCUCGGACCUGACUUACAACGUGGUGGCCUGCAACGAGAUCAUGACCAUGCUGUGGAAGAGGCUCAAGGACGACAGGAAUUGGAGGCACAUCCACAAGUCGCUGACUCUGCUGGAGUACUUGCUGAAGACGGGCGACGACCGUGUGCUCCUCAAGAUGAAGGACAACAUCUACAUCGUCAAAGCGCUCACGGAGUACCGCUUUGUGGAGAAAGACGGCAAAGACCAGGGUACAAACGUGCGAGAGAAGGCCAAAGUUGUUCUGGUCCUGAUGGAGGACGACGACAAACUCAAGGAGGAGCGAGACUUUGCUGUCAUGACCCGAGAGAAGACGUCCAAAGGUUCCGCAGCCUCGUCCUCGGACGCCGUCAAGGACCCCAACUACAAGCCGUGCUACGUUCCCGGCACCUCGGGGCUCCCGUCCCUGGACAACAUUCCCUCAGUGGCCGACCUGACCGCUUCCUUCGCCGCACGCAAGGAGGAACGCGUCAAGCAGGAAGAGCAGAAGAAGGAGGUGGAACGGAGGGCCAAAAUGUCCGAAGAUGAGCUGAAAUGGGAAGAUGCUGGAAAAGGAAACGGCGUUGUGGAUCAGGCCUGGGGAGGAGCGAAGAAGGAGGAGGAGGAGGAGGAGGAUGUCAAGCCAGAGCCCUGGGGGGUCCCCAAGGCGGACCCUUGGGGUGCACCCUCCAGGCCCGAUGCAUCAGAUUCAGGUCCUGCUAAAACAGAUGAUUAUUCUUUGGAGUCUCCAAGCGCUCAGGUUUUCGGCGACAAAGAUGAACCCUGUGAUCCAUUUAAAGCACAAACAGAUACACAAGAUGCCUUUGUGGCCCAAAAUGACGCCCCAAAACAUACAGGCUCCUUUGAAGACCAACCCAAAAACCAAGAAGAUCCCUUUAGUUCUUCUAAUAAUGACCCAUUUAACACCCCAAAAGAUGACCCGUUUAACACAGCUAAAGGUGACCCGUUUAACGCCCCAAAAGACGAUCCCUUCAACACACCAAAAGAUGAUGCGUUCAACGCCCCAAAACAAGACCCAUUCAAUGCCGAAAAAGACGAUCCCUUUAAUGCCCCCAAAGAUGACCCGUUUAACGCCUCAAAAGAUGACCCAUUAAAUGCACUCCAAGACGACCCAUUUAACACCCCGAAAGAUGACCCGUUUAAUGCACCCAAAGACGACCCGUUUAACACCCCGAAGGAUGACCCCUUCAACUCCCCCGAAGACGACCCAUUUAAUGCACCCAUAGACGACCCAUUUAACACCCCGAAAGGCGACCCCUUCAAUACCCCAGAAGACAAGUUCAAUGCCCCCAAGGAUGAUCCAUUUAACACCCCUAAGGAUGACCCGUUCAACACCCCAAAAGACGACUCAUUUAACAACCCAAAAGAUGACCCCUUCGGCACUCCAAAUGACUCCUUCAACGCCGCAAAUGAUGAGCCAUUUGUAGCCUCUCUAGUAUCAACUUCCUGUGAAGAAAGUCCACCUGCCGCCCCCACCGCACCCCCGAAAGACGACCCCUUCGGCACCCCGGAAGACGACCCCUUCUCAGCACCUGCUGCAGAAGCUGACGAAACAGCGGCCCAUAAGGACGACCCUUUUUCCGCCCCGUCCGACGAGGACCCCUUUUCUGCCCCCCCGACGAGCCGUAAAGACUCCCCCUUCGAAGAAGAAGGCCGGGCAUCGGAUCCCUUCGCCGCGCCCCCGCUGAACUUGUCCCAAAGCGAGGGAGACGCGUGGGGGGCUCCCUCCGGCUCGGCACCCCCCGCUGGCUCGGACCCGUGGGGCGGCGGCGCAUCUUCGCCAGUUGACAAUUGUGACCCGUUCGGGGACGCCACCAAAGCCCAAAGUGACCCAUGGGGGUCGCCAGGUUCUGCUGAUGCAAAAGAUGCCUGGGGUGCAUGCUCCUCCGCUCCCAGUGACCCUUUCGGAGACUCGAAAAGCAGAGGAGGCAAAGAAAACUCCUUCUAGAAUCUUGACUGGAUCAGAGGAGGCGUGUACAAACUACAAAGAUGGCGUUCUUUUUCGUGCUGGGCGGCGGGGGCUCCUGGACUUGGUCCACCUGAAAACUGCGCCCCCUUCCCAGCAUGCCCAGCGUACCACCCCCCACCCCGGGGCCUAGACCACCCCACCCCCACCCCCAGGCCCGCCCCCUACGAAGGAGAGCUAGUCCUAGCGCACGGAUGCUUGAUGAGCGCUGCGAUGGUUUCUAUGGUUACGGUCAAGCAGGGAGUGGUGGCGGCAGUGCCACUCACGGACAUUAAUCAUCAAUUUGUUUGGCUCCUCCCUCUCUCCUAGUGCUAUUGUUGUUGUGCGUGCGUGUAGUUGUUUCUUCACGUGUUGAAGUUGUGUAGCUGUUAGCAUUAGCAUUGGGCUAACUCUUCGACCCCUCCCUGCUGUGACUAAGCAUCCACAAAAUGGUGGCAUGACUGAACCGCGUUUACAUUUUGGACACAUGUACACACGCAUGCACAAGCACAUGUACAUACAUACACACACCUUCACACACAUUCACACGUAGAUUCAUGUUCACACGCACACAUGCACGCACACACACUUGGUAGCAAAUUUGUGUAGAUGCAUGUGUCCAACAAAACGAGUGUUGUAAUUAUUGAGUGUGUGCGUGCUGCUGUAAUCACACAUAAACCUUACAGUAAAAUGGAAAAUACAA